UCGCGGACGUCGCUGGCUUCCUGGCUUCUGUCAGGGGAGCCCGGCGUGCGGAGGAGGCAGAGGAGGCGGGAAGGCGGCUGUGGUUGAAGGGACAAUUGCUGACUUGCGGGGAGGAGGUCCGAGGGAGCGGGCAACCAUGGUGAUGGCGGCGAAGAAGGGUCCAGGCCCGGGUGGCGGGGUCAGCGGGGGCAAGGCGGAGGCGGAGGCGGCCUCGGAGGUGUGGUGUCGCCGGGUGCGGGAGCUGGGCGGCUGCAGCCAGGCGGGGAACCGCCACUGCUUCGAGUGCGCCCAGCGCGGGGUCACCUACGUGGAUAUCACCGUGGGCAGCUUCGUCUGCACCACCUGCUCCGGCCUCCUGAGAGGCCUGAACCCCCCUCAUCGCGUCAAGUCUAUCUCCAUGACAACUUUCACUGAGCCUGAAGUAGUAUUCCUGCAAUCCCGUGGAAACGAGGUUUGCAGGAAGAUUUGGCUGGGUCUUUUUGAUGCUCGGACAUCUUUAAUACCAGAUUCCAGGGAUCCUCAGAAAGUGAAGGAGUUUCUCCAGGAAAAAUAUGAGAAAAAGAGAUGGUAUGUCCCCCCAGAUCAAGUCAAGGGGCCUGCUUAUACCAAAGGCAGUGCCUCCACCCCGAUCCAGGGCUCCGUCCCGGAAGGGAAGCCCCUGCGGACUCUUCUGGGGGAUCCUGUGCCGUCUCUCUCAGCUGCUGCCUCCACCUCUAGCCAGUCUGUCAGUCAGUCUCAGCCUCGGACGUCCCAGCCCCGGAGCUCUCAGCCACCUCCCCACUCCUCAGUCAAGAAAGCCAGUACUGACCUGCUGGCCGACAUAGGUGGAGACCCCUUUGCCGCUCCCCAGGUGGCACCAGCUUUCGCUGCAUUCCCAGCCUUUGGGGGCCAGACACCUUCCCAUGGAGGAUUUGCCAACUUCGAUGCCUUUGGCAGUAGCCCCAGCUCCUCUGCAUUUGGAAGCAUUCCUCCAGCUGGCCAAGGCCCGUUCCAGGCCCAGCCAACACCCACAGCCAGUCGGAUGCUAACUGGAAGUUACAGCUUUGGGAGCAGCCAGGUGACUCCAUUUGCGGCCUCUCCUCUCGCACCUGCCAGUCAGCCCAACAGCGUCGCAGAUAUGGGUAGCCUCCUGGCGCCCGGAGCAUCACCUGGAGGUAUCCCCAGCAGCAUCUUCGGGGUGGCCGGCCAGGUCCCCACGCUCCAGUCGGCCCCGGCUGGUGGAGGCGGCAGCACGGGGCUUGCCUUUGGAGCCUUCACCAACCCUUUCACAGUCCCUGCCGCUCACCCUCGGCUGCCUUCCACCAACCCGUUCCAGCCCAACGGCCUGGCCACAGGGCCCAGCUUUGGGAUGAGCAGUGCGGGGCCUGGCUUCCCCCAGACAGUGCCACCCACCAGGGCCUUUGUCAGCACCUUCCCACCGCCACUGUUCCCCCCACAGACCUCGAUGACUCAGCAGCAGAAUGGUUCUUCCUUCAGCGACUUAGGAUCAGCCAAGUUGGGGCAGAGGCAACUGAGCCAGCCAGCUGGGACCUCUACCAACCCCUUCAUGACUGGAUCCUCAUCAAGCCCGUUUGCCUCCAAACCUCCAACCACCAACCCAUUCUUGUAGCACUUUGUCCUGGGGGGGGGCUCUUCCCUGCCCUCUGGGGCCCCUCUACUCCCAGGAGCUCUGGUGACCAUUUGCCUGUGGCAUUUCUGUGGGUCUGAGACCAGAAUGGGCUUUGUUUUGUAGGGAAGGGCUCUUUGGGGAUGGUGGAGAUGCUAAUGCUUUGCUUGGGGCUUGCAGAUAAAAGGGCAGCUUCCUGGAUCAGUGCCCCCAAGGCUUCCUCCCAUCCUCCCUCCAGCCCCUACCCAGGCAGGAGACCCAGGAGGAGAGAAGGCAGGGCGUGGCCUAGAGGAGUGAUGGUGUUUGAUUUCUCAAAUUAUCAACUAUAAUGACAAUAAUUCUCCUCUCCUGCCCUCAGCAUACAUAGUGGUCCCUUCACUCCCAACCGUGUGGGCAGAGGAAGCUGUGGGCACAGACUGACCCACAUUCCCCUGUGGGAGCAAGCCUUCCCCCAUCCCCAAUUUUCCAACACUGGUCUCCUUGUGGACAGAAGCACAGUGGGAAAAUUAGGGUCAGGGUGGAGUUGAGGCAUGGUGUUGACCUGGGACAGUGAUCAGACAAGCUGAGAAGGCUGAGGAGGGGCUGGGGGGGCGCUUGGGCCAG